GACGGUUGCGGCGUAAGCAUACUAGUCAGUGCGGAUCAGUGUUCUUUGUACGUUGAAGGAGUAGCAACUGCGGUCUCCUGCUACGUUGUGGUUGAUCUAAUUGUGACCAAGCGCCUUGUUACAGCUUGUUCAGCGCCAUGUUGUUUGUUUCGUGUGCCCUACUCCUGUUGGGAUUAUGGGAUAUAACCGUGAUCGAAGCGAAGCGAUCGUUCAUCAAUCCUUAUCCAAGAUUUAAGGCAAUGCCACUCGCACCCAACGAUGACGUCGGCGAACCCCUCUUUUUGACGCCAUUUAUUGCAAAUCAAUCGAUCGCAGCAGGCCGCGACGCGGCUCGUGUCAACUAUUCCGCCAUUCCCGCAGACAUCGAAAGCUAUUCGGGAUACCUGACGGUGGAUGAGGCAACAAACUCAAAUCUUUUCUUCUGGUACUUUGCGGCCAAACUGAACCAGAAUGCACCGGUUGUCCUAUGGCUCCAGGGUGGUCCCGGUGCAUCGUCCCUUUACGGAUUGUUCACCGAAAAUGGACCGUUCGCAGUGCGCAACGACUUGAAGCUACAACCACGCAAAUACAGCUGGCACCUGAACCACCAUCUCAUCUACAUCGAUAACCCCGUCGGAACGGGGUUCAGCUUUACCGAUAAGGAUGAGGGCUACUCGACGAACGAGACGCACGUCGGUGCAAAUCUGUACAACGCCCUACAGCAGUUUUUCACCCUGUUUCCUGAUCUGCAACAGCAGCCCUUCUUUGUGACUGGUGAGUCAUAUGGUGGAAAGUACGUCCCAGCUGUGGCGCAUACGAUCCAUCGAAACAAUGGCAAUGCUAAGGUGAAGCUGAACCUGCAGGGUAUCGCCAUCGGAAAUGGAUUGUGCGAUCCGUACCAUCAGCUCGUCUACGGGGAUUAUCUGUAUCAGCUGGGGCUGAUCGAUGGAACAACCCGUGACCAAUUCCACCAGUACGAAGCGAAGGGCCGUGACUGCAUCAGUAAGAAGGACUUCAAGUGUGCUUUUGACGUUUUCGAUGAAUUGAUCAAUGGAGACCAAUAUCCGAGCGGAUCACUGUUCAAAAAUGCUUCAGGCUUCACCACGUACUUCAACUACCUGCAAACCAGUCCGGACCCUGGCGAUGAGUAUAUGGGUAAAUUUCUACAGCUGCCGGAAACACGCCGUGCCAUACAUGUCGGUAAUAACUCGUUCCAUGAUCUCGAGGGAGACAACAAGGUCGAGGAUCAUCUGAAGCUCGAUGUUAUGCAGUCGGUUGUCCCGUAUCUGAAUGAGUUGCUGAACACGUACCGUGUGGUCAUCUACAAUGGUCAGCUAGACAUUAUUGUGGCGUACCCGCUGACUAUGAACUACGUGACAAAGCUCACCUUUCCCGGAAAGGAUGAUUACAAGAAGGCUCCACGGUACAUCUGGCGUGUGGAUGGGGAAAUUGCCGGAUACGCAAAGGAGGCGGGCAAUCUGGUGGAAGUGUUGGUACGCAACGCUGGCCACAUGGUGCCGAAGGAUCGGCCGAAAUGGGCACUCGAUUUAGUGAUGCGUUUGACCCAUGGCAAGAAGUUUGGAAGGAAGUAAAAACAACCUAAUUAAGCGUAAAUCGUUUGCAUUCGUUCAUGCUAAAGCUAAAAAUUCAAUAAAACUAAGCCA